ACAGAGAGCCAGCGAAGGUUUUUUGAUUGAAGAAAAAAAGAAACCUAAAAGUGUGAAGCCGUGGAGGAGACAAGAGGAGCAUUAAAAACAAAACAAAAUCAAACUCCUUUCCCUUCCUCAACCACCAAACCGAUCUCUACGUUCCAAAACGGCGUCUGGUUAAUGCCUGGAAGCCGCGGGGAGAUAACGGUGGGUGAACAUAACGGAGUCGAUAACGAUCACAAUAGGAAGAAGGAGGAUGGUAUUGAGAGCGAGAAUCAAUUAGUAAUGCCUUCAAUUUCGAAACCCAGGAAGCGAUUUAUAGACAAAUUCAGAAAGAGACCCAAAUCAGAAAAGCAAUCAUCUUCAAGGUCUGGGUCGCGUAAAGGAGGAUGCUUUUCUUUGAGGAGACGUCGGAGGAGAACAGAGGAAGGGGAGGAGGAGGAGGAUUCUUCUACAGUUUCUGAUCCUAACGACGAAUGCUUCACUCAUGAGAUGAUGCGUGUUAUGUUGGAGACUAAUGAUUUCUGCUCUAAUGAGUGUAAUCCGCAUCGGUGAUUUUGUGAAGGGGGAAUGAUUCUUGUUAUAGAUUU